CAUUGAGGAUACCAGAAACAUACCAGAAAGAUUGGGGAUAGGACGUGCAGGAGUGUCGGGACUGGAAGGGGAAUGCACCUGCGGUGUUGGCAGGACGAGGAACGGACCAAGAGCACGGAGGGGGGAGGAGGGGAGGAGAGGUCUAUUGCGGGGUGUUGGGAUAGGGAUGAGAGAGGGACGUGCUGGGGAACCUCAGGGACUGGAAAAGAGGGUAGGCGGAACAUGGGUUCGCCCCAUCUGCUCCUUUCGCCCCCACCCUAAGCCCGUCGGCUUUCCAUAGUGCUCUCUAGCCAAAAGGAAAUGAGCCACUGCCAGGGAAUUAACGGGAGCUGGGAAGGGCCAUUUCUCGCCCUGUGCGGCUGUACCGCAGCUGGGCUCUCCUUGUUCUGAGAGCAGUUAAACGUGGUCUGGAAGAAGUGUUCUUCCAGUCCGGGAUCAUUCCGACUCCACUCCUCCCCGUGUCAGAGCUAUCCCAAAUCUCGGGAUCUGACCCUCACGCCCAACCCCAGUCCGGGGCCCCUGAGCCCACGACUGCAGUACACAUCUCCUCCUGGUCCGGGAGUAUCUCGGCUCCGGAGUGACACUACGCAGGCGCAGUGGGUCCCAUCCGAGGAACGUUCCAUCCUCUCGCUCUCCUCCUUCCCGCCUCCCACCCCACCCCUUUUGCCCUAGGCUCCACUGCAGCUCUGGUUGGGACUCGUGUCAACCCCUGCGACCCUACUCCCUCCUGUCGGCUUCUGCAUCCGCCACACCCUGCUUUCCCUGCUUCCCUGCUUCCCUGCUUCCCUGCCCGUGCCCCAGCUAUUAUAUUUGCAUGAAUCCUCCUCCUCUCGGUGGUCCCUUCCGUGAGCCAGCCCACUCCCACUCCCCCCCUCCCUAUUAUCAUUUCCCACUCUUCCCCAGGGUUUUAUUUUCCGGGUAGAGCUAUUAUCAUGUUUCUUAAUCCUUGAACAAAUGGCAUAUUAUCUUCCCAAAUUAGAUUCCUCAAUUUACCUUUCAUAGUCUCUCAAUUGUAGCUUCAUCCAUCUGGCAACUGAAACAUUCCGGUGCCCAGGAUGGUGGGAGAACGCAGAAGCAGAGACCUGCUGGUGCCCCUGGGCCCACGACUGCAGGCGUACCCCGAGGAACUGCUGCGGCAGCGCCAGGGCCACGAUGGGCAUCCAGAGUACUUGAUCCGUUGGACUGUCCUUCAGCGUGGGAAGGAGGGCGGAGUGGGCAGCGGCAGCUCCAUAGAGGGCAAGGCAGAGCACAUCCUCAUGUGGCUCUCUGCCCCCGAGGUCUACGCCAACUGCCCCAUGCUCCUUGGCGAGCGAGCCCCAGCCAAGGGGCCCCAGCACGAACCCGUGGGCAGCGUGGGCGCCUUUCCCCGGGAUGCCGGGGGGCUGGACGAAGCCUCUCUGGGAGAGAUGGCCGCAGACGUCCGAGGACUGGUGCGUCGAGCCGCCCGGCAGCUGGAUGGGGGGGGGAGCUCGAGUCCCGCAGCCUCGGUGCUACACACCAUCCACGUGCUCAGCGCCUACGCCAGCAUCGGACCCCUGGCUGGCGUCUUCCGGGAGACGGGGGCCUUGGACCUGCUCAUGCACAUGCUGGGCAACCCCGAGUCCCAGAUUCGCAGGAGUGCCGGGAAGAUGCUGCAGGCCUUGGCGGCCCACGACGCUGGGAGCAGGGCCCAUGUGCUCCUGUCACUGAGCCAGCAGGAUGGCAUCGAACAGCACAUGGACUUUGACAGCCGCUCCACUCUGUUGGAGCUGUUUGCAGAGACCACAUCCUCCGAAGAGCACUGCAUGGCCUUUGAAGGGAUCCACCUGCCCCAGAUCCCCGGAAAGCUGCUCUUCUCCUUAGUGAAGCGUUACUUGUGUGUCACGUCCCUCCUGGACCAGCUAAGUAGCAGUGUGGAGCCAGGGUCUGGGGAGUGGGGAAACCGGUGCUCCCCUAACAAGUCCUCCAGUGUGGAGAAGAGCCGUGGCCAGAGGGAACUGGAGUUUAGCAUGGCCAUGGGCAACCUGAUUUCAGAAUUGGUUCGGGGCAUGGGAUGGGACCGGGGCCCAGGGAGGCAGCCUGCGUCUCCCCCUCGGCCCGCCCGGUCUAUCUUUCAGCCCAGGUCCUCUGUGCCGAGCACCAUCCUCCCCACCCUGCUUCCCCCUGCUUCCCCCAGGAGGCCGAGCCGGGCCUUCAGGCCUCGGUCUGAGUUCUCGAGCCUGAGUGGCUACGCGGACUACGUCCAGGAGACCCUGCAGCCAGGGAUGCGCGUUCGAAUGCUGGAGGAUUAUGAGGAGAUCAGUGCUGGGGACCAAGGCGAGUUUCGGCAGAGCAACAAUGGAAUGCCCCCUGUGCAGGUGCUGUGGCAGUCGACAGGCCGCACAUACUGGGUGCACUGGCACAUGGUGGAGAUUCUGGGUCCUGUAACUGAGGACAAAGUUACUACUGAGCCAGAGAAAGGAACUGGGGGCAGCAGGUGCCUGGCCCCAAGUAUAGCACGUCCGUUCUCAGAGUGGAAACCCGUUGUGGGACUGUAUGCUCUGCCGUACCUUAAAGCUGAGGCUCAGAGCAACACAGAGUCUGGGUGUCUGAGCCAGGCCGAAUGGUGGGAACUUCUUUUCUUCAUCAAGAAGCUGGAUGGACCUGAGCAACAAGAGUUUCUCCGGCUUCUCCAGGAGAACUCGGAUGGGGAGCCUGUGGAAGAAGAAGCCCUUGGUGAACUCAAAGUAUCUGUGGAGUUGGCAAAGAAGCUGGUCCUGGCACUCAGUAGGCAGGUUCAAGGCAGCACCCACAAUGACCUGCUUAAUUCGAUUGUUUACAACAAAUUCAGGUUACAGCCUGUGGAGAAUUCAGCCAAUCCUACUCCUCCAGAGCCUGGUCAGGACACCUGCAGCCCUGAGGCCCCAUUUCUAGACACCAAAUCAGAGGUGGAGGUGAAAGGGCAGAUUAAAUCACUAGAGGUGGAGGAGUCAUCAACAGCACCAGAAGCUGAGCUGCUGUUUCGGAGCCUCAUGGGGGCUGCAGAGCCCUCUGGACAGCAGCUCCUGGAGCUGGAGUUAAGCAUAUGCCAGGAGGGCAUUGGGGAGGGUCAAGUGAGCCGGCUCCUGGGGCAGCUCCAGCACCAGCCCCAAGCCUUCCUGCUGCUGCUACAGAACCUGGAGACCCCCGAGAACAAGGCCCUUCAAAUGACUGGGCUGAGAAUACUGAGCUGUCUCCUGGAUGUCUGUGUGGACUCAACUCUUCCUUGGCACAAAGUGGCCUCCUCCUGUUUGGCCAGCCUGAGAACACUCAACAAAGACCAUGAGGUGGUCCAGGGAUUAAUUUGUUUCCUGCAUCGCCUGGUCACACUCCACAAGGACUGCGCAGUGGUUCUGUGCCAGCUGGGAGCUCGAGAGAUUCUCACCAAGGCCCUGGACAAGCACAAGGAACAACUGUUUCUGGGCUCUGAGCUCCAAGAUCUAGUGGGCGAAUAUGAGAAGCACGCCCAGCUUUAUAGCAACCUCACCAAAAGCAUCUUGGCCGGCUGCAUCCAGAUGGUUCUUGGCCAGAUUGAAGAGCACCGAAGAACCCACCGGCCCAUUAACAUCCCUUUCUUUGACGUCUUCCUCAGGCAUCUCUGCCAGGGCUCUGAUGUGGAUGUGAAGGACAAGUGUUGGGAGAAGAUGGAGGUGUCGUCCAAUUCUCUCGGGGCCAGCAAGCUGACUGACCAAAACCCCAAGACUUACUGGGAGUCCAGCGGCACUACAGGGUCUCACUACAUCACAUUACACAUGCACCGAGGGGCUGUUGUCAGGCAGCUGAUUCUCCUGGUGUCUAAGGAAGACUCAAGCUACAUGCCAGCCCGGGUGGUGGUGCUGGGCGGAGACCAUGCCCGCUCUGUCAGCACAAAGCUCAGCACUGUAAACAUCAUGCCUUCUGACACGCGGGUGCUUCUUCUGGAGAACAUGACCCGCUUCUGGCCCAUCCUACAGAUCCAUAUCAAGCGCUGCCAGCAGGGUGGCAUUGACACCCGUGUGCGAGGGGUGGAGGUUCUGGGCCCCAAACCCACUUUCUGGCCACUGUUCCGCGAGCAGCUGUGUCGCCGCACUCACCUUUUCUACACUGUUCGAGCCCAAGCCUGGAGUCAAGAUAUUGCUCAGGACCGGAAGCGCCUGCUGCAGCUCUGCCCUAGACUGAACGGGGCUUUGCGCCAUGAGCAGAGUUUUGCAGAUCGAUUCCUCCCUGAUGAUGAGGCUGCCCAGGCACUGGGAAGGACCUGCUGGGAAGCCUUGGUCAGCCCCUUGGUGCAGAGCAUCACUGCCCCUGAUGGCAGUGGGGUGAGCCCCCUGGCCUGGCUGCUGAGCCAGUACCUGGAGCACAGAGAGAAGGCCCGGAACAAACAGGAACAAGCAGAUGCUUUUACCUCACGUGUCCGAUGUCUCACUCACCUGCUGGUGCAUGUGGAGCCUCCCUCGGGUCUCCAGUCCAAGUUACUCACCUGGCCUAAUGGCAAGAAUAGUAAGAGUCGGGAGCUGAACUCGGGGGCUGGACUGGGACCUCCUGGUGGCAGCCUGAGGGGUAUCACCCAGUGUUGGAGGGGAGUGGUACAAGAGCAGGUGAGCAGGUUUCUGACCGCGGCCUGGCAGGCCCCGGACCUCGUGCCCAGCUACUGCGACAUCUACGAACGGCUCCAGAGCGCUGGGGCGGAGCUCUUUGGGCCGCGGGCAGCCUUCACGCUGGCCCUGCGCCAGGGCUUCUCUGGGGCUCUUCUGCAGCUUUCCUUCCUCACCGCUGCCCAUGUGAGCGAGCAGUUCGCCCGGCACAUCGACCAGCAGAUCCAGAGGAGCCGCGUGGGCGGCCCUCAGGGGGAAGAGAUGCUGGGCCAGCUGCAGCGGAGCCUGGAGCCCAUGAUGGUCCUGUCUGGCCUAGAGCUCGCCACCACCUUUGAGCACUUUUACCAGUACUAUCUGGCAGACCGCCUCCUGAGCCUGGGCCCGAGCUGGCUGGAGCGGGCCGUGCUGGAGCAGAUUGGGCUCUGCUUCCCCAACCGACUACCCCAGCAGAUGCUGAGCAGCCUGAGCACGUCGGAGGAGCUGCAGCACCAGUUCCACCUCUUCCAGCUUGAGCAGAUCGACCAGCAAUUCCUGGAACAGGAAGAGGAUGAAGAGCAAGGGCUGGAGGCCUAUCCCCAGGAAGAGCCAGUGGAGGAGCUGGUGGCUGAGGAGCCAGUCCCUGAAGUGUCUGUGCUGGUCCUGUCUCCCCGCUGCUGGCCUGUGUCCCCCCUCUGCUACCUGCACGAGCCCACCAAGUACUUCCCCCCCGCUCUCAGCACCAGCCUCACCCGGUUUUCCAACUUCUACAGUCAGAGUCAGAAUCGGCCAGUCUUGGGGUCACAGCGCCUACUGCAGUGGUCAUGGUUGGGCAGGGCCGAACUGUCAUUCAGAGCUCAGAUUCUUCAUGUCUCUACAUUACAGAUGUGGCUUCUUCUGCAUUUUAACCAAAUGGAGGAGGUGGCCUUGGAGACUCUGCUGCAGACCUCAGACCUGCCCUCAGAGCUUGUGAUGCAAGCACUUGAGCCCCUCACUUCAGGGCUUGGCCCCCUGACCCUCCAGGAAGGCCAGGGCCUCCCACCUGGGGGUGUGCUGCGACUUCGGGAGGUGGAGAAGGAGCCUGGGGGGGAGGCCUUGUGGCUGCUCCCCCCCCAGACAUACCUGAGUGUGGAGGAGGACGAGUGCCGAACCCUGGAGAGGAAGAGGAACCUCCUGAGCUGCCUCCUUGUCCGAAUCCUCAAAGCCCAUGGCGAGAAAGGCCUGCAUAUUGAUCAGCUUGUCUGUCUGGUACUGGAGGCCUGGCAGAAGGGCCAGUCUUCCCCGAGAGACCCGGGCAACAGCAUGGGCGGUGAGGAUGAGUGUAAUGGGGCCGAUGUCCUCUCCUGCAUCCUCCAUCUCCUGGGCCAGGGCUAUGUUCGAAGGCAGGAAGACCGGCCCCAAGUCCUGGCAUAUGCAGCUCCGGAGCCAGAGGGGCCUCCCCUUGCACCCCCCAACCUGGUUGCCUUAGGGCCUGCCCCACCCUCUACCUUCCACACCCUGGAGAUCCGAACCCGAACAACCCCCAGCCCCUCCCCUCCUGCUCGGACUUUUUCCACCUUCCGAUAGCCCGGCCUCUGGGGUGAUUUCCAGAGGAAUAGGAUCCAGGACUCUGCUCGUAGGGAGGCUUGGGAAGGGAAGACGAAGGAGGCAGCCCGGGCACCGGUGAGGAAGGGCAGUCGUUAGGAAAAGCUCUCAAGGCAAAAUGCCCAACAACUUUUAGCCACACCUGAGUUACUGGAAAGAGCACCAGGCGGGAGUCUGGGAAGACCUGGGUUGGAAUCCCUGCCUAGAGAACUAAGUAGAUGGGCGACUUCGGGCAAGUCAGUUCAUUCUGUCCCUUGGCCUCAGUUUUCUCAGCUGUAAAAUGGAGAUAUAUGCACUGCCUACCUCACGGGAGUGCUGUGAGCCUUAGAGCCCUAGAGAAAGGGGAGUUGCUGCCAUUCUAGGGACCCGAGCACGCUGCACAGGGAGCUAGCAGGCCCUCCCGGGAUCUCCCAGUAAGCCGAAGCCCCUCCCCCAACGCCCUCCGGCCCGGCCCCGCCCCUCUCCGCUUCCGCCGCUGCGCUCCGCCGAGUUGCCUCGGCUCGGGUCCCGCCCGCACUGCAGCCCGGAGCGGCACGCCCAGGCCAGGGCCGAGCCCAGGCAGGGGCGGGGCCGCGGGACCAGGUUCCUCCUAGUGGGAGGAAGGAGUUGAGAAAUGGGGAGAGACACGGGGCCGUGUCCUGCGCGGAGCGCCAGCACCAGCCGCAGGCUGCCCAGAGAGGUGACAGAGAGGGGCGAGAAGGGGGCCGGGGACCCAUGACAGUCCCUAGGGACAAAAGAGUGGGUAUGCGCGGGCCCAGGGUGGAGGAGGGAGACUCUGGCUCAGGCAGGCAGUAGGGGAAGGACACCCUAAGAGAGCGGGAGGAGAGGCUCAGCACCUUAGGACCCGAGGCAGGGGCAAGACAAAGGGGAAUGGGAGCUAGAGACAGAGCAGUAGGCAAAGGGCGAGAAGGAAUGCCCAGCUGUGGGUGGACACAAAGGGCUUGGCAGGAUGGUAUCCUCUUGCCCCACAUGGCUGGUAGUGGCCCUCAUUUCAGGAAGCAUGCUGCUGGCCGAUGGUUAUCUCUUGGGACAGAGCCCAGGAGGUUGGUGGCUGGGUCUGGGGUUGCUGCUUUCUGCAGGCAACAUCUGCCUGAUCUUGGUGCUUCGCCCUGUGGUGGCUGGUGCUGGUGCCCAAGCCCAUACCACCCGGCGGGGCUGCGCCAUGUUGCUCUGGUUUCUCUACAUCUUUGUAUUAGAGUUAAAGGUCUACUUCAUUUACCGGAGCUGCCGGGCUGAGGGUCACUGCCCCGGGCCCCCCGCCCGCCAGGCCUUCACCCUGGUGCUGGCCCUCAGUGUGCCUGGACUCUUUGCCCUGCUGGGAUCUCCAAAGACCCCCGAGAUCCUAUCAACCUUCCGAUGGCAUGAAGAACUCCGGAGCCACCUGCUGUGGGUGGUCAUGGAUUUGCUGGAUGUUUUAGACGUACAGGCUGGGCUGUGGGAGCCACCUCAGAGGGUGUUGCCCUUCUGGGCAGAGGGCGUCACCUUCUUCUACUGCUAUGCCCUGCUGCUCUUGCUGCCGUGCGCAGCCCUGGGCGAGCUCAGCCUGCAAGGCCCACAGCCCCUGCCACAUCGCAUGGUGCUCUACCCACUCCUCAGCCUGCUCACGGUUAAUCUGGCCACGAGCCUCAUCCGGGCCACUCAUCUCCUCCUGUUCCACGAUACCUAUGUCUCCAGCAUCUUUCUAGGAAAGAACCUGCUGGCCUUGGCCCUCAAGCUCUGCAUGUUUCUGCAGUACCGGAAACAGUGGCUUUCUGGUCCACCAUCACCCCAGCCUCCCACUGACCCUGGCCUUUUAGGCCCAGCUCAGGCUGUGAGGCCAACAUGACUUGCCCCUUUGUGCAGGGAGAUGGGAUGGACAUGGACUAUCCCCCUAAACUAUCACUUUCAACAGCACAACUUGCCUGAGUCCUUUCACCUUCAACCUGGACCUGCAGAUUGGGACUGUGAGACAGGACCUGGAUACAAGUCUGUUGUUUUAAACAAAGUACUAUCUGCAGGGGCUCCAGAUGGUCUUUUGUCAAUAAGCUGUCCAAAUCAAAGCAGUCUGAUGCAGACUGAGGUCCUCAAGUGUCAGACUCGGCACAAAUAAAGCUAUAACUGAC